AUGCGCAAAUACGCGGCGUGGAGGGUGAUCGAGUCGUUGUGCGACCAGGCCAUGCUGUACCAUAAGCAGAGAUCUCACAAGGGAGCAUGGUAUUCCCAGAGACUGGAUCUGGUUCAGACUGCGACGACCGCGCAGAGGAAGUCCUCGAUGGCUCUCGAAAAUGCGACGGUCGAUGACAUCUUGGGCGAUGUUCAAAUGUUUGGCCAAGAUGCCUCCCAGCAUGGAGCCCCGGCUAUUUUGCAGCACAAGAGACUCUUGGAACCAUGGGAUAUCCUGACUGGGGCCAGCAACCCCAUCCUCACGGGCAAAGUCAACCACAUCCGCAUCAAUCACCUGAAGAUAGCGAAGACAUGUGAGCUCGCGUUCCGAAUGAAGUGGUAG